GCUGCUGCUGGUUUCCCGUAAAUGUCAUACAGAAAAGGAAGAGAGAAGAGUAAAGAUCGACUCGCUGAGCAGCCAUGGCGCUUUUCAUCCUGAUGUUUCUGCUGUCAGCAGCAGCUGCUGAAGAGAUCUUUAACCAAACAGUUUCCCCUGGAGAUAAUGUGAAUCUGAGUUGUGAGGCUGGUAACGGCUUCAUCAGAGCUGUGGAGUGGACCAGACCUGACCUGAAGAAAGGAGAGUACGUCCUCUUUUACAGCGAUGGACACUCAAUACCAACGGAGCAGCAUGAGUCCUUCAGGGACAGGGUGCAGCUGGUGGACAGACAGCCACAGGACAGAGACGUGUCUUUAAUUCUGAAGAACGUGACGAACAACGAUGCUGGAACGUACGAGUGUCGAGUUUCUCUGGGCGCGUCAAGACAAAAGAAGAGAGCCAUUAAGGGAAAGCUAUUCCAAAAAAUCCAUCUGAUUGUCAAAGACAGAGAUUCUUCCGAUGGAAUCCCAGAGGGUGGAAACUUCUCUCGUGUUCACCUCGGACUGGGGUUAGGUGGUGCUGCUGGUGUGGUGCUGCUGGUUUCUUGCAUUGCUGGAUUUCUUUUCUGGAAACACAAACGACCAGAGGCAGAGAAUUCCACACCACCUGCAGCUUCACCAGACCCAGCAGGUGUUGAGCUCAUCAACAUGUCACCGUCCUCUCUGCAGCCGGCUGCUGACUCACCUCCUGUGUGAACAUGUUUCUGUGCUCUUUGAGGCUCCCAGUCCUCCUGAUCCCCCUCCUCUCUGUGGAUCACUACCUUGUCGAGGUAGAGGGCUUGUGUACUCGUUGAUUCUGGAAGCUGUGGUGUCUGGAGCAUUUGCUCCUGGUAGGGUCCCCCAUGGCAAAGUGGUCCCAGAGGAGAGUCAGACUAAAUGUGAUUCAGAUUAAAGAGAGGACUUUUUACUGGGAUAAAACCAGUAACCAAAGUGUAGAAUGUUCUUAGUUAAAAUCUCUUAACUAAGAACAUUAGUCACUGAAACUGUACCUAAAGAAGCAGCUCUCACAGACUGACACAUUUUUAAAGAUACAUACACAAAAUGUUCCUGGAUGUAUCAAAGAGCACUGGCAACUGUUCUACACAAAGUGAUGACAGAGAGAACAGAAUGUCUUCAGGUCUUUACAGGCUUUAACUGUUAAUGUGUGUUUCAGAUCAGGGUGAUAACAGUUUAUACAGUUGCACUUUAUUCCGGUCAUAUAAUGGCCACUUUGUAUAUGUGAAUAUAUCAACAGAUGAUGCUAUAAAUGAUCUAAUCCUGUGUGACUCCAGUCGAUUCAGAUCAGAACAAAAAUAACAUUUUAAUGAGAAAAUAAGACAAUCCUCAGAAGUGUUGAAGGUGUGCCGGAGUUUUAAAAUAUCACAAGACAGAAUUACUCAUACUGUCCUGUUUAGACACAGUGAUGUCUCAGGCUUUUAUUUUGAUAAACUACUCAUUGCUUUGAGUACUUGUUUCGAAAAGGACAGAUACCAUUGUUGGCUUUUAUUUUGAAGGCCUGGCUCAUCCUGGCACACCGUAUCUAACAUCUCAGAAAGGAUUUUAUUACAAGUUAAAAUAAUAUCGAUAUAAACAGGGCUUUUAACAGGGCUUUAUGUUCAUUUGGCUAACCCGCCAAAUGAACGUUUUUGUUGGCAGCAGAAACAAACCUCAGUGAGCAGAAAUCAAUAGAGUAUUUUGAAUGGCAAGUUCAGGUCCAACAAAUCAAAGUUAUCUCUAGUUACUGUCGAUGUGAAUGAGUUACCGAAGAGACGAUUAGUCUUACAUACCACAGAGGGACUCCUCCCCCUCCUUGUAUUACACUCCCCCUCAAAAUCGUACAGUUUUGUGGUACUUGUACUUCACUUGAGUAUUUCCAUUUUAUGUAACUUUAUACUUGACUCCUCUACAUUUUGAGGCAAAAAUUGCACUAUUUUAAACUACAUUUAUGUGACAACUUUAGCUACUUCUCAGGUUGAGAUUUAACAUACAAACAUGAAACCUCAUUAAACCAGAGUCAUAUCUUGUAUAUAUUGUAUAUAUAUUGGAUAUAUCAAACUGAAUGUCAUUCUGUAUAAGGAAUGACUUAUACUUUUAUUUUUGAUACUUGAAGUACAUUUUGAUGCUUUUGUACUUGGUGGAGUAAUUUCACAGUAUGGUAUUAUAUAAAAGUACUGUGAAGCUUUGAUGGUUAUCUGUGAUUUUGUAAUUUUUUUGUAUGUUAUGAUAAGUAGAUUUAAUUCAGUCGGUUCUUAUUUAUUAAAGAUGUUAAGUGUGAUUUUUAAUUAAAUUGUGUUGUGUUCAAUAAAUGAAGUUCUGAGGUGUUACAUACAUAUUCUGACAGUUGUAUGACUGAAAUAGGCACUCAGAGAAGGUGUGGGUUUAUUGGUCUGUGUUUCCCACUGCCUCGCUUAAAUCAGCUUUGUUUAACAGUGUGGGAAGAGUAUGUAUUAAUGUUACUGACUUUAUUACUAAUACUUUACUGAUUAAAAGUAUUUAGUUUGGGAUUCAUGAGUUAACUGUAAAACUGAUGAAUUUGUGGUGUUUUGGGGCAGGUAAUCGUUGAUAACGUAGCUAGCACAUCAUGUUGCCUUAUGUAAACAGAUUGAAACAGUUCUCAAGGAAAAGCCAAAUACAUGUAAAUGUGUUUUUAUUGUUAUUUAACUGUUACGAUAAUUAUCCUCAUGCAUUUGACAUUGUAAUAAUGCAAUGAUAUUCUCCUCACAUACAAGUAUUUUUUUACUGCUACAAUGCUGCCACUUUCAUCAUUUGCUUUGUCUAAGGAGGUCAGUAAAUUUUACCAUUGUGUAUGUAAGGCCAGUUGAAUGGUUAAUGCCAUUUUGUGAGGGGAAUAUAACUAACUGUUAAUAGUGAGUGUGAAUCAGCAAUAUGUUUUGGU